AUGUCCGCCACUCUAACGCACGAUCAAGUCACCAUCGCCCCAUUAGUCCUUCUUUCUAUUCUAGAUCAUUAUGAUCGUACGAAUACGCCAGAAAAUAAGAGAUGUCUUGGGGUUAUUCUUGGGGAUGCCACUAGCUCGACCAUAAAAGUGACCAAUUCAUUUGCCCUACCUUUUGAAGAAGACGAAAAGAACCCUGACGUUUGGUUUCUAGAUCAUAAUUAUAUUGAAAAUAUGAAUGAGAUGUGUAAGAAAAUUAACGCAAAGGAGAAAUUGAUUGGUUGGUAUCAUAGUGGGCCUAAAUUGAGAGCCUCUGAUUUAAAGAUAAAUGAAUUGUUUAAGAAAUACGUUCAGGGGAAUGAACCAUUAUUAUUAAUUGUAGAUGUAAAGCAACAAGGUGUUGGUUUGCCUACUGAUGCAUACGUGGCGGUAGAACAAGUGAAGGAUGAUGGGACAUCCACGGAAAGAACAUUCCUUCAUUUACCAUGUGAAAUUAAAGCAGAAGAAGCAGAAGAAAUUGGUGUGGAACAUUUACUAAGGGAUGUUAGAGAUCAAGCCGCUGGUGGACUAUCUAUUAGAUUAACAAACCAGUUGAAAUCUUUAAAGGGGUUACAAAGAAAAUUGAGCGACAUAGUUAAUUAUUUGAAUAAAGUCAUCGAACAUGAAUUACCAGUUAACCAUACCAUUUUGGGGAAACUACAAGAUGUGUUCAAUUUAUUACCUAAUUUGGGAGUGCCAGAUGAUGAUGAAAUGACCGAAGGUACCUCAGAUUUAAUAGACACUUCUAAUAAUUUACAAAAGGCAUUAACCGUGAAGACAAAUGAUGAACUAAUGGUAAUAUAUAUAAGUAAUUUGGUGAGAGCCAUAAUUGCCUUUGAUGAUUUGAUUGAAAAUAAGAUACAAAACAAGAAAUUACAAGAAAAGUUCGCCAAGGAGGAGGAUGAAAAGAAAACCGCUGCUGACGAAGAAAAGAUCGCAGAAGCUGAAACGGAUUCAGCUGCCAAGAAGAGUGCGUGA